AUGAGAGAACCUAACCAAAAAUUGGAGACUUUCCAAAUGAGUGAUAUUCUCGCCUCCGAGAGAUCAGCUGCAUUUUGCCAAGGUUCGUGUGACUCAAGAAUGCUUGCAUUCCUUGCGCAAAAGAAAGUGGAGCCUAACACCGCUGUUGAGGGCGAACAUGUCGAUACACAAAUUUGUGCAAUUUCUGGCGUUGGAAGAGCAACUCGAGUUGGGAAUUGUUCACAAAUGAAUGCAAUCGGGUCAUAUGAGGAUACACAUAAUGAAGUUCAGAGAGCGCCAAUCAAACUCGAUUUAGUGACAAGCCCCUUCUCAGACGUGUUUUCAAAAUAUGAUCCUGGGUUUCAGAAUCAUUUGAUACACGAAAUUAACAGAGUUGCAAAUUCAUGCAGCUUAUUCUGCUGGGGAGAUAGGUAA